GCGAACGCCAGCGGGACCGUAUUGAGGUGCGAGAUCGUGGGCAGCGUGAAAAUGCGCGUUUUCCUGUCCGGAAUGCCAGAAUUACGUCUCGGUUUGAACGACAAAGUGUUAUUUGAAAGCAGCGGCCGCGGUCGAAGCAAAUCUGUUGAAUUAGAGGACGUGAAGUUUCAUCAGUGCGUACGGUUGUCGAGGUUCGAGAAUGACCGGACCAUUUCUUUCAUUCCUCCUGACGGCGAGUUCGAACUGAUGUCGUAUCGUCUGACGACGCACGUCAAGCCACUGAUUUGGAUCGAGUCGGUUAUCGAACGCCACCGUCACAGCCGUAUCGAAUACAUGAUCAAGGCGAAGAGUCAGUUCAAGCGACGGAGUACGGCCAACAACGUGGAGGUGAUUAUUCCGGUGCCAAAUGACGCAGACACGCCAAAGUUCAAGACAUCGGUCGGUUCCGUUCGAUACGUACCUGAGCAAGGAGCGUUCGUGUGGCACAUAAAAUCUUUCCCAGGCGGCAAGGAAUAUUUGAUGCGGGCACACUUCGGUUUGCCCAGUGUCGAAUCCGAAGACCAAGAAGGCAAGCCACCGAUCAUCGUGAAGUUUGAGAUUCCGUAUUUCACGGUCUCGGGCAUUCAGGUGAGGUAUUUGAAAAUAAUCGAGAAGAGUGGCUACCAGGCUUUGCCAUGGGUGCGUUACAUAACACAGAACGGCGAGUAUCAAUUGAGGACUAGCUGA